AGCGGCGGAGCCGGAGCGAAGAUGGCGGCGCUGGGGGAGCCUGUGCGGCUGGAGAGAGACAUUUGUCGGGCUAUUGAGUUGCUGGAAAAGCUACAAAGGAGUGGAGAGGUACCACCACAGAAACUGCAGGCUUUGCAAAGAGUCCUUCAAAGUGAGUUCUGUAACGCAGUGAGGGAGGUAUACGAGCAUGUGUAUGAAACUGUGGACAUCAGCAGUAGCCCAGAAGUACGAGCUAAUGCAACAGCCAAGGCCACUGUAGCAGCCUUUGCUGCUAGCGAAGGUCAUUCCCACCCCAGAGUCGUUGAGCUGCCAAAAACGGAAGAAGGGCUUGGAUUCAACAUCAUGGGCGGCAAAGAGCAAAAUUCUCCAAUCUAUAUAUCCCGAAUUAUCCCAGGUGGUAUUGCUGAUAGACACGGGGGAUUGAAGCGUGGAGACCAGCUUCUUUCUGUAAACGGAGUGAGUGUUGAAGGGGAGCAUCAUGAGAAAGCGGUAGAACUGCUGAAAGCGGCUCAAGGAAAAGUUAAGCUGGUUGUCCGAUACACACCCAAAGUCUUGGAAGAGAUGGAGUCACGAUUUGAAAAAAUGAGAUCAGCAAAACGCAGGCAGCAGAAUUAAUACGGCGCAUACAACCUACGGAGAAGCAUGACCUUUGCUUGUCUGA